AACCAUUACGUUGUGUAAUGUUGUUAUCACGUGAGUGUCCUACUUUCGCUGGCUUGCAAGUUCAUGUGAAAAUGAAGUGAAAUGUUGCUGUAAUAGGGGCGAAUUUCUAAGCGCUUUGUCUGUGAAGAGGUAGCGCUGUGAGGAUGGCGCAACUGUCACGGAAAGCUUUGCGCUUGCUUAGCGUGAAGCAACUCUUGCAUCCACAUAUCAGAGUGGCUUGGGUCUCCACCCAUAGAGCCAUAAUAUUUGAUAUGUUUGGAGUUCUGAUACCAUCACCGUUCCCUAAAGCAACAGAGUGGGAGGACAAGAAUGGUGUUCCACGUGGCACAAUAGGUCAGGCCAUUAGGACAGGGGGUGAUGGGAACGCCUGGAGGAAGUACAUGAGAGGGGAACUAGGGCCAGAGGAGUUUGUGGAAGCCUUCAGCCGGGACUGCAGUCAAAUUGUGGGCUUCAAGGUCGAUAUUGGCUCGUUUCAUUCAGCUUUAACCAGCGACACCAUGACACGUCCUCUCACAGUUAUGAUGGAAGCUGUGCAGUGUGCGCGUGCCGAGGGUCUCAAGACCGCUGUCCUUAGCAACAACUUUCUUUUGCCUGGGGGAAAGUCCUACAUGCCUCUGGAUCCCUCUCUCUUUGACGUGAUAGUAGAGUCCUGCAGGGUGGGCUUGUGUAAGCCAGAUCCAAGGAUUUACCAGUUGUGUGCUGACAGGCUGGGGGUCUCACCGCAGGAAGCAGUGUUUCUGGAUGAUCUGAGUUGCAAUGUGGAGGCCGCAGAGCGAGUGGGCAUGCAUUGCAUCACGGUCAGAGACCCUGCAGAGGCCGUCAAGGAACUGGAGGAGGUGCUAAAGGUGCCGUUAUCUGGUUUUGUUCCUGGUACCCGGUCUGUGAGACAGAGCCAGCAACUCCCCAUGGACCGACUUACCCAGUAUCUCAACAGUGCUGUUCAGCUUCCUCAAACAGAACCAGUUACAGUCCGACAAUUCAGCCAUAGUCACUCUAACUCCACAUACCUCCUGAGCUGGGGGGGGUGCCAGCUUGUGCUAAAGAAGAAAGCAAAUACUGAAGCUCUGAGGAAAGAGUGCAGGCUUCUAAAAGCACUUAAUGAAGAUGGAGUUCCUGUGCCAGAUGUUAUUGCCAACUGUGAAGUGCCCAGUGUCCUGGACACUCCAUUUUACCUGAGAUCUUACUGCCAAGGUCGUGUGUUUAAUGACCCUUCUCUACCUGGACUUGAUGCUGAUGAGAAGAAAUAUGUGUUUGAGGCCAUGAUUCAAACACUCUGCCAGAUACACAGAGUCGACCUAGGAACAACAGGCCUGGAGGACCUCAGAGAGCAAGUGUCGUGUAAUUCAGGGGACUUCAUGGAAUUUGAAGUGAAGAGGUUGGCGCAGCAAUACAAGGCGCAUGAGACUCAGCCCAUUCCAGCCAUGAACAGGCUGAUAGAAUGGCUCCUGUUGCAUCUUCCUGAACAGCAGAAAGCCACACUGCUGCAUGGAGCCUUCAGGCUGAACAACCUGGUAUUUGACUCAGAGAAGCCAGAGGUGAGGGCAGUGUUGGGAUGGAGCCUUUCCACUGUAGGAGACCCACUUGUGGAUGUGGCUUCUUGUUGUAUGUCCCAGUACCUGUCUCAGAACACUACACAACCAGGGAACAAACUUGCUUCAGUGGGCAUUCCCAAUGCAGAAGAAUUGUUUGAGCUAUACAGUAAAGCAAUGGGGCUGGAGAGCAUCCCACACUGGCAGUUCUACAUGGCUUUCAGCUUUUUCCAUCAGGCUGUCAUCUUACAGGCUAACCAUAUAAGCUCACUUAAAGUCACUGCAAGCACAAGGGACAUAGAAGACAUGGCAGAAUUGGCAUGGGUCUUUGCCAUUAAAGAAGGCUUUCGUAUCUUCAAUGCUGUGCCCAAAGCCGCAGGCUUCUGAGCAAAAGGACCAUAGACAAUACAUUCGCCGUCCUCUGUUCCAGUGUGUCUUGCUGUGCACUUAAAUCAUCUGAAAAUGGAGAACCUGGAUUUCUAUUAAAACAGCCUGUUAAAAUUUCAGGUUUCGUAUUGCACCACAAUAUUUAAAUCAAUAGCUGCAAGGUACUUUUUCUUCAUCCCAUGACAUUUUCUACCUUUGCCUAUAUGGAAAGAUGACUUUCAUAUUAAAAGAGCUGAAAAGCUUGA